UAUCACCUCCACAUAAAGGGGCUGUCUUCCUCCUCGUGUCCAAAAGUUCUGGUAUAUUUCUAUCUGGCUUUGAGCUGCGUUUCUCUUUGUUGGUUUGGCCGAUCAGCCAUUUGAUCUACCUGCCUCUCCAUAGAUCUAUCGGUGAUAGUGCCAGUUUUUUUUUCGCAGUUUAUCACUAUGGCGGAAAUCCCGUGGAAGACCCUCCAUGCUAGUAUCGCCGCAUACUGCUUUUACAGGUCGACAUUUCCGAACUUCCUGGCCUUAUCGGCUAUCACCAUUGUUCUGAGAUUUUCCUAUGCUGUUGUUCUCUACCCUGUCUACUUCAGUCCUUUAAAGAACGUUCCUACUCCUACGGCCCGAUCAUGGAUGAAAGGCAAUCUAAGGACCCUCACUGUCAAGGAACAAUUCGAUGACAUGCGCCGCUGGAACGAAGAAAUUCCCAAUGAUGGCCUGAUUCGGUUCUAUAUCGCGGCCAACCUCGAGCGGUUGAUCGUGACGAGCUCCAAAGCCUUGAGCGAGAUCCUCGUCCAGAAGGCGUAUGAGUUCGAGAAGCCUCUCCUGGUUAGACGCGCGUUGGGCCGUGUCACCGGUGAGCAUGGGGUGCUCUUGGUGGAGGGCGCCGAACAUAAGAGACAACGAAAGAGCCUGAUGCCCGCAUUUGCAUACCGCCACAUCAAGAACCUCUACCCGGUGUUCUGGUCCAAGAGCAUCGAGAUGGUGAAACUGAUCGAGCAAGACCUGCAGCACCGAGAAGACCCAACAAACAACGUCAUCUGUAUCGAGAACUGGGUCAGCAGAGCCACGCUCGACAUCAUCGGCGUGACAGGAAUGAACCGCGACUUCAACUCGCUUCACGACCCCUCCAACGACCUCGCCCACCACUACCACCGAAUCAGCAGCUCGCCCCCGACGCGCCUCGAGAUCGGCCUCUUCCUCGCCGGCCUCGUCCUCGGCACCGCCCACCUCGUCAGCAAACUCCCAUUUUCGCGUAAUCGCCUCAUCGACGAAAGCGCAGACUACAUCCGCAACGUCGCCCGCCAAAUGAUCCGCGAAGCGCGCGAAACCACCACCACCACCGACGAAAAGAAGACCCCCACCGACGCAAUCGACAUCAUCUCCGUCGCCCUCGAAAGCGACGCCUUCACCGAAGAAGAGCUCAUCGACCAAAUGAUGACCUUCCUCGCCGCCGGCCACGAAACCACCUCCAGCGCCCUGCAAUGGUGCAUCUACACCCUCUGCAAACACCCGGACGUGCAAACCCGCCUCCGCGAAGAAAUCCGCUCCAACCUUCCCUCCAUCUCCCUCGAAAACCCUUCCCCCCUCUCCGCCGCCACCAUCGACGCCCUCCCCUACCUCCACGCCGUCUGCAACGAAGUCCUGCGCUUCCACCCCUCCGCCCCAAACACCAUCCGCAUCGCCAACCGCGAUACCACGCUCGUCGGCCAGCCCAUCCCAAAAGGAACUGUCAUCCAGAUCGUCCCCGCCGUUACAAACAGGGAUAAGGCGCUGUGGGGCCCGGACGCGGACCAGUUCAACCCCGAGCGGUGGCUGGGGCCCGGGCAGGCGAAUACGGGUGGCGCGGCGAGUAAUUAUGCCUUUUUGACGUUCAUUCAUGGCCCCAGGAGUUGUAUUGGGCAGGGAUUUGCAAAGGGCGAGAUGGCUUGUUUGUUGGCCGCCCUGGUGGGCAGGUUUCGGAUGGAGUUGGAGGAUCCCGAUAAGGAGCUCGUGUCGAGGGAUGGGGCCACCACGAGUCCGCUUGAUGGGGUCAGGGCCAGGUUGGAGGUCGUGGAGGGGUGGUAGGUUCGUGAAGGGUAUGAUAUAUCUAGGAUAUUUAAUUUUAAUGGAUUUCGUAUUUACUUCCUGAUUUCUUGUGCCUCUGCUUGUGACGAGUGGACGUUAGGAAUGGCAUCUCUGGCUGCAUCUAUAAUGAAGUAAUCAUCUUUUGCCCAAUCUCAUGGUCUGACCUUGAUCUGUCUCGUUCUUUCUUAACGCUCAACGCAACCAGAUGGUUUCACUUGGCAUUGCAGGCGAAAGACUGUCAUUGUUAUCAUAUUUCAUCAUAAUAUCAUACCAUCUUCACUCCCGAGACUAAGGACUGGUACUCGCCGCCUUCACCUUCUCGGCAAGAUACUCUGCCAACACCAAGAUCUUUUCCUCCUGCAAUCGCCGUCCGAAGAUCUGCAGACCCGCUGGCGCGCCGUCGUAUGUAUCGGGGUCGUCUGG